AUGUCGGUUUCGCAUUAUGCAUCUCGGCCGCAGUCUUUCCAGUAUCCGUCUCCGCAGGCCGUGAAAAUGUCCUCACGCGAUUCGUAUCCGACCUUUCUCUCCGUGCAAGAAUCGGCUCUUCUACAAUUGACCUGGGCAUGGAGAGGGCUUUAUGAUUCCUUUCGCUGGAACACGGUUGUUACGACUGUAGCGAGUGACGCCGAGAUUCGGGCAAACGUAUACAAAUCGCUCCUCUUGAACUCGCUAUCGCUGCUCUCGAUAUAUGUCUUCGACCUCCUCCUCCAGCCUCUCGUACGUGACCAGCAGAAAUGGUUCCACCGGAACAUCGGAUGGUUCUACCAAGUCCUGUGGCUCCUUCCCGUCGUCGGGAUGUCGUUAUACCUCAACGGUACCUGGUGCACGACUAUCGCGAAACGCACUUACCUGCUCCAGCACGGAGGGCGUCCUGCUCCUUCUCCGGCGACGACGUACACCGGGAUGCUCAAGGCCAUCGCGACCUCGGCGUACCGCGUUGUGAUGGUGUGCACGUCUGUAGUCGUGUCGUUUGCCAUGAGCCGCGUGCCCGUUAUUGGCCUAACGGGAAGCUUUAUCUUUUUGUGUUGGGUUGAUUCAUACUAUUGCUUUGAGUUUGUUUGGAUAUCGCGUGGGCUGUCACUCUCGAGAAGAAUUAGGCAUCUCGAAGAGCACUGGGCUUAUUAUUUCGCUUUCGGUUUGCCUUCAGCCGCACUAUGCACAUGGGGCACCGGUCUUGCGAAUGCUGCGUUAUUCGCGCUCAUAUUUCCUUCUUACAUCAUUAUGGCCAUGCACGCCCGUCCAGCCCCAAUGGAUCCUUACAAUCCUGCACCGCCCAUCCCUUCCUCCCGACCGGAGCAGAACGACAUCAUCCGGCACCCGUCUCCUUUCAUCCCCAUCCGCCUACCGAUUUUUGCAGUGGUGAUUUGGAUUAACGACGCGAUUGUUCGCGUGCUCAACUUCAUUGGAGGGCGACCGAUUGUGAGGCAUAGAGAGGCGGCGAGGGGGAGGUCGUUCAGUGACUCGACAGAGAGCGCAGAGGACGGGUCGGUGCAGAUGGAGAUGAAGCCUUACAGUCGGAGCAGCACCCCGUCUCAGCCGAGCAGUAGUAAACCUGUUAGAGCCACGAGUGGGAGGAUUAAUAUUGGGACUAGGCGGAAGCUCGACUGA